AAAUUGACGAUGUUGCAGAUACAAUGAGGUAGUAGAUCACCUGCGGAGCACCUGGUGAGACCGUCUCUGACCCGGCGAUAUGUCGUUUCUAUCGAGUCGCGGCGGGCGGAAAGGGCCGAUCGCCUGCCUGGUGGCCCUCCUCUUCGUCUUCGCUCUCUAUCAGCUGGGUAUCUUCUGCGGGUCGGGCAAAUACAUGCCUUCGACCAUGAUGGUCGGCAAGGAGAAGUACGUGAUCGGGCCGUUCGAUCGCAAGACGUACACGUACGAUCGUUACAUGCCGCUCAUCUUCAUCGGCGGUGUACCGCGCUCGGGGACGACCCUGAUGCGCGCCAUGUUGGACGCGCACCCUGACGUGAGGUGCGGGCAAGAAACCAGGGUCAUACCGCGAAUUCUGCAGAUGAAGAUGCACUGGUCCAAGUCGGAGAAGGAGAAUUUACGGUUGACGGAGGCGGGAAUCUCGAAAGAAGUGAUAGACAGCGCGAUAGCAGCCUUCUGCUUGGAGAUAAUAGCGCGACACGCCGAGCCCGCGCCGCGGCUGUGCAACAAGGAUCCACUCACGCUCAAGAUGGGCUCGUAUAUCCUGGAACUCUUCCCGAACGCCAAAUUUAUAUUCAUGGUGCGCGACGGACGUGCCACAGUGCAUUCCAUCGUAUCCAGGAAGAUUACCAUAACGGGAUUCGAUUUAUCGUCCUACCGGCAGUCUCUCAUCAGGUGGAAUCACGCGAUUUCCGUGAUGUACGGUCAGUGCAGAGAACUGGGACCGGAGAGGUGCUUGAUGGUUCCCUACGAGCAGCUGGUGCUACAUCCGCGUCAAUGGAUGAAGAAGAUAUUAAAUUUUUUGGACGUGCCCUGGAACGAGUCCGUCAUGCAUCACGAGGAAUUCAUUAACAAACCUGGCGGAGUGCCUCUAAGCAAGGUCGAGAGAUCGUCGGAUCAAAUCAUCAAGCCGGUGAAUCUGGCGGCGUUGACAAAAUGGGUCGGCAACAUUCCCGAAGAUGUAGUCAGGGAGAUGGCCGACAUCGCGCCGAUGCUCUCCGUACUCGGUUACGAUCCCUACGCGAAUCCACCCGUCUACGGCGCUCCAGAUAGUUUAGUUAGCGACAACACGAGACGGUACGUGCCAAUUUGUUGCACCGUACGUUUCCCGUUACGUUUCGUGCACGACGAUUCACAAUGGCGUUCGAGCAACGGUGGUGUUGGCCGGCGAGAAACUCUGGGCGGAGAAGGCACGGGAGUACCACCUGUCGUAUAAACCAGCGGAGACCAGCAACGAGGACACUUCCAGCACGGCGCCGCUCGCGUGACCCAGCGAGGCUCUUCUAAGCGAGCGCAGCACGUAAUCAGGAGCCCCAAGGAGUCUAAGCAACUUGGCGG